AUGCUAACCAAGGUUAUUUCACUCGCUAUUUUAACUGCUUCAGCCUUUGCUGAUUCUGGAGAGUUCACUCUUUGGAACUUGUCACCCGGUGACCCUUACGACUCAACUUUCUGGGGGGUAUCUGAAGGUUUAAUCGUCCCUGUAGAACCUGGUGUGACUUUUGUUAUCACUGAUGACCUACAGCUUAAGACUACUGAUGAUCAAUUCGUUACUGUUGGUGAGGACUCCGCUCUAGGUUUAGGAGCUGAAGGUUCGGUAGAAUUCAGCAUCAUCAACGAGGAUGGCAUUACCUCUCUUUACUACAACGGUGAGCUUGUUACUGCUUACAUUUGUGAGGGUGCAGAACCCCAGAUUUAUCUCACAGGUUCAGAGGAGGACCCCGAAUGUGUUUCUUACACUGUCGCUGUGAUAGGCGUAGACGGCGAAGCCCCACCAACUUUCCCAGAGGAAGACGACGAGACAACAACAACCGAUGAUCCAACCGAUGAGCCAACCGAUGAGCCAACUGAUGAGCCAACUGAUGAGCCAACUGAUGAGCCAACCGAUGAGCCAACUGAUGAGCCAACCGAUGAGCCAACUGAUGAACCAACUGAUGAGCCAACUGAUGAGCCAACUGAUGAGCCAACCGAUGAGCCAACUGAUGAGCCAACCGAUGAGCCAACCGAUGAGCCAACUGAAGAGCCAACUGAAGAGCCAACUGAAGAGCCAACCGAUGAACCAACUCCACCUCCUCCUCAUUGGGGAAAUGAAACUGUAACUGCUACUAAGACUGAGUAUGAAACUACAAAAGUUACUAUCACUUCCUGUGAGGAAACCAAAUGCUAUGAGACUACUUCUGAUGCUUGGGUUUCUACUUGCACCACAGAAAUUGGCGGAAAGGUAACUAAAAUUGUUACUUGGUGCCCAAUCCCAUCUACUCCAGGUCCUAAACCACCUAAGCCUACCAAGCCAACCGAAACUAAGCCAACCACUGUUCCUGCACCAACCACUAAGAAGCCAGAAACACCAACUACUAAGAAGCCAGAAACGCCAGCCCCUGAGAAGCCAGAAAAGACAACCACUGUUAUUCCUCCACCAACCACUGAGAAGCCAUCCACUUUGUCUACCAGUAGUGUUACUGGAAGUGUUACCAUUCCAACUAUAACUGCCACUGGCGGUGCUGGUUCCAAUUUCAACUUGGGUGGAUUAACCGUCGGAGUUGCUGGUAUUGCAAUGGCUUUGUUUGUGUAA